AUGAACAUUUCAUUGGAGGAAUCAGAAAUUGAUGCAAAUAGUCCUGGUCAACAUUAUGGAGAUUUUGUUGGAAAUUAUAGCUCGCUGAUGUUCACACUCGCUCUUAAACGCUCAUUCGGAUUUUAUUUACUAGAUUAUUAUUUUCCAUCAAUAUUACUUGUUGCUGUAUCUUGGGUAUCGUUUUGGCUUCAAGCAGAUCAAACAGCUCCUCGUGCGAUGUUAGGAACAUCAGCAAUGCUUGCAUUCAUCACACUUUCAUCAUCACAAAAUAAACCACUUCCAAAAGUCAGCUAUAUUAAAUUCUCAGAAAUUUGGUUUAUUGUCUGUGCUUUGUUCAUUUUUGCUAGCUUGGUUGAAUUUGCAUUUGUUAAUCUUUUGUGGAGACGUAGAAAGGAUCUGGUGUUGAAGAAGGUUACGACAGUGCAUAUACUCAAGAAGACACUAACGCCAUCACUCCCACUGAAAAAUCUAAAAUAUAAAUCUGAGGUAAUACGAAAAUCCCGUUCUGAUACAAGUUUAGAUAAGUUGAACAACGAGAACUUAAUUAACAGAAAUAAUUUCAAACUUAGGCUUUCAGUUCCAAAUGUAAUUGAAAUUUAA